AGAGAAAGAGAGUGAAAGGAGAGUAGCGAGGGGAGGUUUGAGAGCGUGUGAUACUUUGCUUUCAAUUGAUUGUGUGUGUGUGUGUGUGUGUGUGUUUGCAGUAAAAGGAAAGGGAAUAGGAAGGGUGUUGAUCAGGAUCAGGUAUGGAGGGAGCAUCGUGGAACAGUGUUAGCGUGGCACCGUUCCUUAGCAAAACCUACGACAUGGUUGACGAUCCUUCUACCGAUUCCAUCGUCUCGUGGGGUGAUAACAACAAUUCCUUCGUCGUUUGGAACGUUCCCCAAUUCUCCACUCACAUCUUACCCAACCAUUUCAAGCACAACAACUUCUCCAGCUUCGUUCGCCAGUUGAAUACUUAUGGUUUUAGAAAGGUUGACCCAGACCGCUGGGAAUUUGCAAAUGAAGGAUUUUUAAGGGGUAAGAAACAACUUUUAAAAAGUAUCAGUAGGCGGAAAUCUGCUCAUGUAAAUGGUACUCAACAACCAUCUCAAGUGCAUAACUCACCUGUGAGGGCAUGUGUUGAAGUGGGGAAAUUUGGGCUUGAGGAAGAGGUGGGAAGACUGAAAAGGGAUAAGAAUGUGCUUAUGCAGGAACUUGUUAGGUUAAGACAGAAACAACAAGUGACUGAUAACCAAUUGCAAAAUGUUGGGCAACGUGUGCAGGCAAUGGAGCAGCGCCAGCAGCAGAUGAUGUCAUUCCUUGCAAAGGCAAUGCAUAGUCCAGGCUUCUUAGCUCAAUUUGUACAGCAGCAGAAUGAAAGUAAUAGACAGAUCACUGGGGGCAAUAAAAAGAGGAGGCUCCAUGGGCAAGAAGAAGAUAGUUUAGCCACCAAGGAACUCCAUAAUGCUUUUGAUGGACACGUUGUCAAGUACCAGACUUCCAUAAAUGAGGCUGCAAAAGCAUUAUUUCGCCAGAUAUUGCAAAUAAACAAUUCUAAGACAACAGAAUCAUCAAUCAAGAACCCUGAUGUUUUCCUUCUUGACGAUGUUCCUUCUGCCAUUGCAUUAGAUAGCAGUAGUUCAUCGACACAGGUUUCUGAUGUGAUCCUUUCUGUGGUUCCACCUAUUUCUGAGCUAACAUGUAUGGAAGUAGGAUCACAAUUUCCUGCCAAUUGUAUGCCCAGUAGCAUAUCUGAGGAGCAGUCUUCCCCUGCUAUGUUGGCUGACUCUAUCAAAACAACUGAAUUUCCAGAAUUAAGUUUGCAUAAUUGUCAAGAAAAUGUUUCGGAUCUUUGUAAAAGUCAAGAGAUGGAGACAGAAAGCAGUUUACUGAAUCAUAAUCUGAAUGUUAUGGGGGCUGAAAUUAGGAACAUGGAGGAUAUAGAUAUGAUGUCAGCUGUUUUGGACGGGACAGACUCUAUAGAAGCUGAUCAUUUUUCACCUGAUGCAGGUGAAAUUUCCAAACUCCCAGGAAUCAAUGAUGAAUUCUGGGAACUAUUUUUAAGGCCAAGCCCAGUUACUGCAGACAUGGAAGAAACCAAAUGUAGCUCUCUAGGAUGUGAUUUGAUAGAAGAUCUGGGUUUUCCUUCAGACAAGGAAAAUAAGCAGGAAAAAAUUGAUAAGAUACAGCACGUUGAACGUCUUACUCAACAAAUGGGACUUCUUGCAUCAGAGUCCUAAUUGUAUAUAUAUGUUUCUUGCAACUGAAGGUUGAGGUCCUUUGCUGCUGGCCAGACAAAGCCAUCUAUCUUAUGUAUACAAAGAAACCUGACAGAUGUCAUCCAACAACUCGAUCCGUGCAUCUUUUUCCCGCUUGUAAUGUGUGUUUUGUUGUCAUUUGGGGCUUAAAAAACAUGAAGUUUACGAAACUACAUAUAUCCCUAUGUAAUUUGAAUUUUUGACAACUUUGUGCUCCGUUUCCAACACUUUAUGCUUCCCAUGAACAGUAUAUUUAUUUUCGAUUCUCUCC